AUGUUGAACAAGAUGACCUUACAUCCACAGCAGAUAAUGAUAGGUCCUAGGUUUAACAGGGCCCUAUUUGACCCCCUGCUUGUGGUGCUCCUGGCUCUCCAACUCCUAGUGGUGGCUGGUCUGGUGAGGGCCCAAACCUGUCCUUCUGUAUGUUCCUGCAGUAACCAGUUCAGUAAAGUCAUCUGUGUGCGGAAAAAUCUCAGAGAGGUCCCUGACGGCAUCUCUACCAACACACGGCUGCUGAACCUCCACGAGAACCAGAUUCAGAUCAUCAAGGUGAACAGCUUCAAACACCUGAGGCACCUGGAGAUCCUACAGCUGAGCAGGAAUCACAUCCGCACCAUUGAAAUUGGGGCCUUCAAUGGUUUGGCAAACCUCAACACUUUGGAGCUCUUUGACAAUCGGUUGACCACCAUCCCGAAUGGGGCUUUUGUAUACCUAUCUAAACUGAAGGAACUCUGGCUGAGGAAUAACCCCAUCGAAAGCAUCCCUUCUUAUGCUUUUAACCGAAUCCCCUCUUUGCGCCGGUUGGACUUAGGGGAGUUGAAGAGGCUUUCGUACAUCUCAGAAGGGGCCUUCGAAGGCCUCUCCAACUUGAGGUAUCUGAACCUUGCCAUGUGCAAUCUGCGGGAUAUCCCGAACCUCACGCCGCUCAUCAAGCUGGAUGAGCUGGAUCUUUCUGGGAACCAUUUGUCCGCCAUCAGGCCAGGCUCUUUUCAGGGUUUGAUGCACCUUCAGAAAUUGUGGAUGAUCCAGUCACAGAUCCAAGUGAUUGAAAGGAAUGCGUUUGACAACCUUCAGUCACUGGUGGAGAUCAACCUGGCCCACAACAACCUGACCCUACUGCCUCAUGAUCUCUUCACGCCCCUCCAUCAUCUCGAGAGGAUCCACUUGCAUCACAACCCUUGGAACUGCAAUUGUGAUAUUCUGUGGCUCAGCUGGUGGAUAAAGGAUAUGGCGCCCUCCAAUACUGCAUGCUGUGCCCGUUGUAAUACGCCCGCGAACCUGAAAGGCAGGUACAUUGGGGAGUUGGACCAGAAUUACUUUACCUGCUAUGCUCCUGUGAUCGUUGAGCCGCCUGCGGAUCUCAACGUGACAGAGGGCAUGGCAGCGGAGCUCAAAUGCCGGGCGUCCACCUCACUGACGUCUGUAUCUUGGAUUACUCCCAAUGGGACAGUCAUGACACACGGGGCAUACAAGGUCCGGAUUGCUGUGCUCAGUGAUGGCACAUUAAAUUUUACUAAUGUCACUCUACAAGAUACAGGCAUGUACACAUGCAUGGUGAGUAACUCUGUUGGGAACACCACAGCUUCAGCCACCCUGAAUGUGACCGCAGCAACCACUACCCCAUUCUCCUAUUUUUCCACCGUCACCGUAGAGACUAUGGAACCUUCUCAGGACGAGGCCCGAACCACAGAGAACAAUGUGGGGCCCACGCCAGUCAUUGACUGGGAGACCACCAAUGUGACCACCUCUCUCACGCCCCAGAGCACAAGGUCAACCGAAAAAACAUUCACCAUCCCUGUGACCGACUUAAACAAUGGCAUCCCGGGAAUCGAUGAGGUGAUGAAAACCACGAAGAUCAUCAUUGGUUGCUUUGUGGCCAUCACUCUCAUGGCAGCUGUGAUGCUGGUCAUCUUCUACAAGAUGAGGAAACAGCACCAUAGGCAAAACCACCACGCCCCCACGCGGACUGUUGAAAUCAUUAAUGUGGAUGAUGAGAUUACGGGGGACACACCCAUAGAGAGCCACUUGCCCAUGCCUGCUAUAGAACAUGAGCACCUAAAUCACUAUAACUCUUACAAAUCUCCCUUCAACCACACAACAACAGUUAACACAAUAAACUCAAUACACAGUUCAGUGCAUGAACCGUUGUUGAUUCGAAUGAACUCGAAAGACAAUGUACAAGAGACUCAGAUCUAAAACAUUUACAAAAGUUACAGAGAAAAACAAAAACAACAGACGGUUUAUUAAAAAAAAAUGACACAAAUGACUGGGCUAAAUCUACUGUUUCAAAAAAAAGUGUCUUUACAAAAAAAAAACAAAAAAGAAAAGAAAUUUAUUUAUUAAAAAUUCUAUUGUGAUCUAAAGCAGACAAAAUGAUGUGUAUUCCUCAGAACCUGUUUUGCUGCAUUUAUUUACCCUCCC